UCAUGGCGGCUGCAGCGGCUACGGUGGAGCGAGGCGCCGAGGAGGAGGAGGAGGAGGAGGAGGAGGAGGAUGCGGAGGAGGAUGCGGAGGAGGAGGAGGAAGAGGAGGAGCAGUUGGUUCUGGUGGAAUUGUCCGGGAUUAUUGAUUCGGAUUUCCUCUCAAAAUGUGAGAAUAAAUGCAAGAUCCUGGGAAUUGACACUGAGAGGCCCAUUCUGCAAGUGGACAGCUAUGUCUUUGCUGGAGAGUAUGAAGAUGCUCUUGGGACCUGCGUUAUAUUUGAAGAGGAUGUUGAACAUGUAGAUGCAGAAGGCUGUAAUAAAACGGUACUAAAAUACAAAUGCCACACAACGAAGAAGCUCAGCAUGACAAGAACUCUUCUGACAGAAAAGAAAGAAGGUGAAGAAAAUAUAGGUGGUGUGGAAUGGCUGCAAAUCAAGGACAAUCAUUUCUCCUACAGACCCAACAUGAUUUGUAGCUUUUUGCAUGAAAAUGAAGAUGAAGAAGUUGUCACUCCAGUUUCAGAUAAACCUUUGGAGUUGGAAGAGCAAGAGACGCAAGUGAAAGAUAAUUCAAACCUGGAUUAUGAGCAGGGGAAACCACAGGACUUGGAAAUAGAGGAUUCCGGUCCUCUUCCUGCUCUCUCUUCGGAGACGGACGGCUCUGUUUUUAUGGGAACCCAAGAUACUGCCUUAGAAAUCACCCCAAGAUGAAAUACUCUUACAAUACUCAUGAACUUUAUUUAGAGUUUUUAUGUAGAAGAAUUAAUUGUAGCUUUCUCUUAAUUACUUACUCUUUUUGUUGGCCAUACUCACAUUUUCACAACUUAAUAUACUAGAAUCAUUAAGGACCCGAUAAGAGAUGUUAAAAACAUGUUUUUGUAUGUUUUACUAUCAGAAGCCCUGAGUUCUUUAAACACUGAGGUGAGUAUAUGUUUUUCUAUUGCAACUAUCACAAGUGACCACACACAUAAUGACUUAAACCUAUACAGAUGUCGGACCUUGAUGAAUAGGGCAGUGGCUUCAAGCACCUGUUUUGUCACGGUGUGUUCAUGACUUUACAUCUCUGGUGUCCCACACAUACUAAGCAUGGUCCAGGCAGCUCUGCUAAUGAGGAACAUCUAUUCCCUGUAUCUCAAGUGGUUUUGGAUGUACCACAAGCAAGGUGUGUGAGCUCCACAAAAAGGGUUGCAACCCUGUUAAGCACCAGAACUAAAUGCUGGAACCAAGCCCAGGCAGUGACCUGUGGUGAGCAUGUGUGUGAGCAGCGCAGUGAACCCUGGUGAGCACCACAGCCAUAACUGUGCCUAUUCACCAGUCAAGGCCCUGUAAGUAGGAAAAGCACAGCAACUGAAGGUGUGCAGAGCUUGGUGAGCACCACUACCAAGUCAGUGUGCAAGUAACCCCCCUCUCCACCUCAUCAUCUCUACAGUGAAGGGGAACCGGGAGGGAAUAAAAAGAAAUGAAUUCAAGCUUUAAAUAAAUAUAGCAGGUUACUGUCUUAUGGUUUGGUAGGUCAGUUAUCUACCGUGUCUCAUCUGACCUGCAGUACUGGUGUAGCCGGACUUUGUUCUUUUCUGGAGUAUGGGGGAACUGGUAAAGUGAGCAUCUCCAUUUCUUUGUUCACUGAGUUGUUGGCAGAAUUAAAAUUCUCUUACGCAAAGUGGUGAUCAAAGUCCCAUGUACUUGCUGUGGCCGAGGGUGUUUUUCUGCUUCUAGGGUUCCUGUCUUCCUUGCCUUAUGAUUCCCUUCAGAACCAAGAAGGGUCACGUCUCUCGUUCUCUGAUGCUGUGUUUUUUUUUUAAUCAUACUAGUUCUGUUUCUUUUGCUAUCACUUUUAAAUUUUCUUUUUAUUACAAUGGCUCCACCUGGAUAAUCUCCCAAUUUUAAGGGAAAUGGAAAGACAUUUCCUAGUCAUGAAUUGGAAGAAUCAACAUCUUAAAAUGAAGUCCUAUCCAAAGUACUAUGUAGAUUAAAUGCAACACCCAUUAAAAUUUCAGUGACCUUUUUUUAAAAAAACAAAAACAAUGCUACUUAAAUUUGUAUGGAACUAUAAAAUUCCAUGAUUAGCCAAAGUAUUCCCAAAGGGGGGAGGGGGGGGAAGAGAUGGUAGGUUAUCAUUUCCAACUUUGAACUAUGCUACCAAGCAUUUUCAACUUUGAAUUAUACUACCAACUUCCCAACUUUAAGGCUUAUAACUGUAACUAGUGACAAAGUCUUGGUAUAUUUUGUUUUGGGGUCUCACCUUGUGGUGCUUGGGUCCCAUCAGCAGGUACUGGGGACCAUGUGGUGCUAGGAAUCAAACCCAGGGCCUCCCACCUGAGCCAUACAAUCCCUGGUAAACUGUGUGUUUUCUGUGGGCUGCUCCUGCUGGUGGUCAGGGCCCUGUGGUGCUAGGGAUUGAACCCAGGCCUCCAGCGUGCAGAGCAUACACUCAUUGAGCUCUCUCUCCAGCACUUAAAUUGUAAUUUUUGUUGUGGAGGUGGUGUGGGACCACAGCCUGGUGGUGCUCAUGGGCUACUUACUCAACUCCUGGCUAUGUGCUCAGGGGUCACUCCUGGAGGUGCUCGGAGGUCCAGGUGUAGAGCCAUCAAAGUGGCGUUGACUUCAUGUAAGGCAAAUAAAUUAUUUACAAACAUACCAUACUAUAGUUUAUAUGAAAUUACCAAUAUUAGUUUCUGGCUAGCAUUUGCAUACAGUUAAACCAUGCAGUAAGGUUCAAACAUACCUCAUACUAAUUGUAUCUCAUAACUGUUUGAAGAUAGAACUACAAUUAGCGAAUUAAUGUUCUAGAUCUUUGCUUCUUAAACUGGGUGUGGAGACCGCCACAUGGGAUUGCAUAAUAUGUGGUGGUUGCUAAAACUUUGGGAAAAAAAAGAGGAAAAAGUUUCUGAAUGUAAAACAAAAUGCAAAAACAAAUGUUUAAUGAAUUGGAAGUAUCUCUGGUAAUGCUCACAUGUGUUGAAUUUCUCAGAUGAAGAGCGGUUUUGAGUGGACAAUUUAAGUCCUGUUUUAGAUGAAAUUUUUUCCUGAUAUGUUUCAUAAUAUUUUACUAUUUAAUUGGAAAACACCUUACCUUGAUUAAAAGCAUUUCCAG